AUGUGUUAUUUCGGAAAAAGGCGUGCUACUUCUCAAGGUGUGUUUUCUUCAAAGGUGUAUUAUUUUCAAACUGUGUGCCGCAAUAACACAACCUUGGUCUGAAAGGUGUGUUUCGCCAAAACGUGUGUUAUUAAAAGGUGUGUUAUAUUAGAAAGGUGUGCUGUUUGAAUAAGGCGUGCUAAAUUCCAAGGUGUGCUAUUUUCAUAAGGUGUGUCAAUUCGGAUUUAAUGAGGUGUGCUGUUUCAAAAAGAUGUGUUAUUCCGAAAAAGGUGUGCUAUUUCUCAAGGUGUGUUCUCUUCCAAAGGUGUGUUAUAUUCAAACUGUGUGCUACAAUAACACACCCUUGGUCUGAAAGGUGUGUUUUUCCAAAAGGUGUGUUAGAUGAAUGGUGUGUUGCAAGACACACUGCCGUUUCGCACUGUGCUAUUUAGCACACCUUGUGUGUUAACGAACACAUUAAGGUGUGCUAAAAUGUAAAGAUCAUCAAGCUUAGUACACAACGUGUGCUGUUGUAACACACACAAUGUGUUUAACAACACAAGUUGUGUGUUGUUAAGCACACCUAUUUUUAAGAGUGCAACUUUUGCUUUCUUUCAGCCGCAAUCACUCGAAGUUUCGGCCAUUAUUUUUUGUAUAGCGAGAUUCUCAAUAACACAUUAACGACACAUCCAGUUAUAAUCUAUUUUAUUUAUGAUAUUUUUAUGAUACUUUCUCUACAUUUAUACUCUCCACCUAAUGUGGGCGUUUAACUAUGACUAUUCAUUUUCUACGUAAAGGAAGGGAGGUGCGGGAAGGGAGCGCAUACCACAAAAUGCGUUAUCAUGCCUACACGCAAAUAAUGCUAAUUCAUCACGCGAAAUUAAUAAGAUUAUAGUUUAUAUUUUACAUAAAAAGCGUUGUCUGGGGGAAUCCCUCAAUAACUAAGUGUCAAUUUACUAACUUGCGCAAUAGUCCAACUUACGCAACACUAUACGUUAUACCGCAACUGCUCGAAAAAUACUUUAUUUUAUAGCUAUUGAUUCAGCUACAUAGGAAUAUUUUCUUGCGAAGAGAAGCAUUAAAACAAAAGUUGGAUCGCUUCCUACUUUUUCGCUUUUGCGUGAGAAAAUAGUCUUCAUGCGUGUGAGUGUGAGAAAUAUGUCAAAUGCGUGUGUCUCACGCAAAAUGCGUGAGAGUUGGAAGGUCUGCAGUUGCUAAGCUUGCUUUGCGACUACUAUAAUAUUUUUUGCAAUAUUAAAAACCACUAAUGCAGCGAACACAGUCCACAUGUCAUAUUCAUAGAAUUUGAGAAAUUAUACCCCUUGCUCACACCCCUUGGUGUCUGCCAUGGUUGAGCAGGUCCCAGACAAUUUAUUACAUACCACAAUAGCAGGCCCAGUAGCAAGGUUUCCUCCACUUAACACUAAUGUUCUUUGCUUUGAGCCUGCAAUUUAAAAUGAGUACACUAUUUAUGCUUAUAUCAAUACUGACUAGAAAUGCAUGCAUGCAGUAACCCCUCGCCAAUAUUUUCCAAACAUUAAAUUAACAGUAAUGGCCAACACUUCAAUGCAGGCUUGCGCUCAAGUGUUGCCAUGACAACACAAUAUUCUUAAUUUUUAAAAUAUUUUUUGUACAAAACUGCAAAAUAGUUGCAAGAUUCGUACUUUUACUACCUUAUUAUGGGAAAUUAACGAUGCACUUUAUUAAUGAGACGUAAAUUAAUGUGUCAUCUAAUUAACAUGAAUUGCUUUCAGGUACUUCAAAAACUGAUUAAAUUAAUGCAAAUUUGACAGUUUAUGGUUAACAAGUUAAUUUAACUAACACAAGUCGAAGAAUAUAAACACGACAGCAAAAGUAUUAUAUACUACCAAUUAAAACAGUAUGCAAGUAGAUAUCAAAACUGUAACAUUGAAAGUUACAGUCAUUUAAGCCAAUGUAUAUAAAUAUAUAUAGUUCAGCUUAAGAUAGUGACAGUGACAGUGAAGAGGUGGACUGAUGUUUUUGUUUUGAGGUUUAAUAUGAUGCAUUUUGAGUUAAAUAUGUUAUAUAAAACAAAUCAAGGUCUUCUUAAUUAACGAUAACUAAAAUUUGCAUGCUUGAAAUUAACAAUAACAUAAAUUAACAUUAAUUAACACGAAUUUUUAAAAUCCGUGUUAAUAAAGUACAUCGUUAAUUUCGUAUAAUAAGGUGUACAACAAUAAAUUUCCAAAAUAUAUACUGUAGGGUAUGUUAUUUUGCAUUUUGCGAGCUUUGAUUUAAAGUAAAAUUUAACUUGAAAUGUUCAUUCAACUAAACUACAUUUGUCGAUAAACAGUUUUUACUUAAUAAAACAUAAUAAGUUGAAUACAAAUAAAACAAAUUGUUCAGUUCAGUCUUCAAAUCAAUUUGUUCUCCUUUACAUUUUAAGAUUUUUUCUCAAAUUAACAGGUAAUUCAUGAAACUUAGAGCUUUGUUGAGAAGGAAAACAGUUCAUGUUUUUAGGCAAAAAGUUAAAGCAACAAAAUUUGUAAACAUUAAUUAUAUAAUAACUACAGUGAAACAUGCAAUUUGAAUGCAGAAUUAGACCAUCCUGCACGCAAAAUUCUGAACAGAAAUUCUUGGACAUAAUUUUACAAAUAUACUCGCAUUGUAAAGUUUCAUUGUAUGAUACCUUUCGACUUUGAAGUAAGUUUGCAAUUAUUGAGACAUUGGUUUAGUUGUAUGAAUAAAUUUCUGAUCGAUACAUUGCUGUCCAGCAAGUAGCAAUGUGUACCGUUGAAAUUCAUCAGAUCAUGGCAAGUACAACAUCUCUCACUAGUCGCUUCAAAGUUCAAAUGCUUCGCAAUCUUCAAGUAUUCAUUCAGGUCGAGAAUCUUCAAAACUACUUUGACUCUCUGUUUAGCAGGUGUUCCAUUUCAAAUUUUGUAUAUAUUAUCGAAAAACUCUCUGUAUUUUCGCUGUAUAUUUUCGCGAAUUUGAGAUCAAAUUCUGUUCACAUUUGUAGUUGUUUUCAAUAGCGUCACAUAGCGUGGAGUAGCGAUUCUCCGAUUGGUUAAUUCACAACUGUUGUGAGAACUGCACAUUUCAUCAGUAAUUUUAAUCAAGUUAACUAUCGUUUCACUGUAGUAACAUCCAGAGGGGGCGUUCGAUUCUAAGCUCCGCGAAUUUUUUUUCCCUUAAACAGUUAACUUAAAUAUAUAUAUUAUCUUAAAUUAUGGCACAACCAACUGUAAAAUCAUUGAAGAAAGAAAAUGAGCAUUUGAAGAUAAUGAUCGAGGCUCUCAAAAGCGAUUUUAAAUGACUUGAAGCGGGUCUCGAAAGUCGCGAGUCAGCCAUUGCAAAGUCGAAGGAAACCACACCUCUCCAGAUGCUGAAACAGUAAAAAGCCUGGAAUUUAUGAGUCAUGAAUACGACGAGUUAAACAAUUUCCGUGCCACUGCAAAACAAAAGUUCUCAGCCUUGAAUACUAGACUGAGAGAAUGUUGACCGAAAAUGUUGACAAAAUCUCAAGUGCUAUCUAUGACCUUGAACAGUACAGUUAUAGCUAUAACGUAAAAUUGAUCGGUAUACCAGAAUCUGGAUGAAGAGAAUCCGCUAUAGAAACAAGUACUGCCUGUGCAAAUCUUCUUAAAGAAAUUGGUGCUGAUAUUACGAUUCAAGAUAUCGAUAUUGCCCACCGUGUUCCAGCAAGAAAGUGUGGUAGCCAGAGACCAAUUAUUUGUAAGUUCACAAGGCAUAUCGCCAGAGAAAAAGUGAUGGAAAAACGGCGAGAUAUCUGCAAAGUGAGCACGAUGAAAAUUGGCUUAUCUGGAAAUUAUAGUAGAGUUGAUCAUCGACUGAUGGUCAAUAAGUUGAAGAAUUUUGGAAUCAGCGGAACACUGUUGAAUUGGUUUGAAGACUACCUCUCAAAUUGCCAUCAAAGAGUAACCGCGCUUGGAAAAACCUCUCAUCCACUCCUUGUACUUUCUGGCGUACCACAGGGUUCAAUACUUGGACCUUUGUUGUUUCUUGUCUACGUGAACGACCUUCCUCAUGCAACAUCGUCAUCUUCUAUAGCAGUGUACACUGAUGAUACUAACAUUACGCUGAUGAUACUACAUGUUAUCGUACAGUCAGAACUUUACAAGACGCUCAGUAUCUCCAAAAUGAUCUGGAUGGUAUUAAUGAAUGGUGCCAAGAAUGGUGAAUGGACGUAA